CCAACGUGGUUCCUCCGGCCGGGCUGCCGGUCCCGUCCCUUCGGCACUUGUGCGAUUUAUGAGGAAUCAAAGAUGAACUUGGAGCAGGAGAGGCCUUUUGUCUGCAGUGCCCCAGGCUGCUCACAGCGUUUUCCAACAGAGGAUCAUCUGAUGAUUCACAGGCACAAACAUGAAAUGACUUUGAAGUUUCCUUCAAUAAAAACAGAUAAUAUGUUAUCAGAUCAGACUCCUACACCGACGCGCUUUCUGAAGAACUGUGAGGAAGUGGGCCUCUUCAAUGACAUUGAUUGCUCCUUAGAGCACGAAUUUAGGAAGGCACAAGAAGAAGAGAACAACAAAAGGAAUAUCUCCAUGCAUAAUACAGUUGGAGGAGCAAUGGCCGGACCUGGAUCUCACCAGCUCGCAAAUACGAGGAUGCCAAACCACGACACCAGCGUUGUGAUUCAACAAGCCAUGCCAUCUCCACAGUCCAGUUCUGUCAUUACACAAGCACCUUCUACAAAUCGACAGAUUGGGCCUGUCCCAGGUUCUCUGUCUUCACUACUGCACCUACACAACCGACAAAGACAGCCCAUGCCCGCCUCUAUGCCUGGCACCCUGCCCAACCCUACCAUGCCUGGAUCCUCUGCUGUACUAAUGCCUAUGGAGCGACAAAUGUCAAUGAACUCCAACAUCAUGGGAAUGCAGGGGCCGAACCUCAGUAAUCCGUGUGCUUCACCUCAAGUCCCCCCAAUGCAUUCAGAAGCCAAAAUGAGAUUGAAGGCAGCGCUCACUCAUCAUCCUGCCGCCAUGUCAAAUGGAAAUAUGAACACCAUGGGCCACAUGAUGGAAAUGAUGAGUUCGCGACAGGACCAGACGCCACACCAUCACAUGCACUCACAUCCUCAUCAGCACCAGACCCUGCCGCCUCAUCAUUCAUACCCACAUCAGCACCAGCAUCCGGCGCACCAUCCCCAUCCUCAGCCUCAUCACCAGCAGAACCACCCUCAUCACCACUCCCACUCGCACCUUCAUGCACACCCGGCACAUCACCAGACUUCGCCGCAUCCUCCCCUGCAUUCAGGUGGACAAGCACAGGUUUCACCAGCAGCCCAGCAGAUGCAGCCCACUCAGACAAUACAGCCGCCACAGCCGACCGGCGGGCGCCGGCGAAGGGUGGUGGACGAAGACCCCGACGAGAGGAGGCGGAAAUUUCUGGAGAGGAACCGAGCCGCUGCCACGCGCUGCCGACAGAAGAGGAAGGUCUGGGUGAUGUCACUGGAAAAGAAAGCAGAAGAACUCACCCAGACAAACAUGCAGCUUCAGAACGAGGUUUCCAUGCUGAAAAAUGAGGUAGCACAGCUGAAACAGUUAUUGCUAACACAUAAAGACUGUCCGAUAACAGCUAUGCAGAAAGAAUCACAAGGAUAUCUAAGUCCUGAGAGCAGUCCUCCUGCAAGCCCUGUCCCAGCUUGCUCCCAGCAGCAAGUCAUCCAGCACAACACCAUUACCACUUCGUCCUCCGUCAGCGACGUCGUGGGGAGCUCCACUCUCACCCAGCUUGCCAGCCACAGAACAGACAUCAACCCAAUCCUUUAAGACUGACUGAUCAGAAACUGCUGUGGGAGUGUGGUAGUGUAUCAAAGCGUCCUCUGUGCUAAGGACAUUUUCAACAGUAACUCAAGCCUGGAAGAUUCCUCAGUCCUUGAAAGACUCUGGCUUGCAUUUUUAUAGUUAUUAAAAUGUCUUUUAUACUUAGUUACAUAAAAGGGAGUUAUGCAAUUAAUAUGCUAUCAGCUUGAGAAAUGCUUUGGUGCUUUCUCCAGUUUUUUUUUGGUACCAGUUACUUGUUUAUAAACCUAACCGUUUCUGUACAUAGUCAUGUUUCCUUCUCACCAAUCUAGCCUGAAGCCUCAGAAAUACGGAGUUGUGUUAAACUGCAGCUUGUUAGCUGACAUGAGGCAUGAAAAGUAUUAAACAGAGUCAUAUGUAGGUAACUAGGAUUAAUUAGGCUAUAAAUAUAGAGAGAGGGCAUCUGCUGACAGCAUAAUAAAAAAUGAGUUAGCGUUGUGCUAUCACCAGAACCCCAUCUUGUAUUCAGAGCCUCUUUCAAAGUGGUUAUAUAAUACGUGGCUAUCAGAACAAAACCCCAAAUAAUGUGCUCUUUUGUCUAGCUUUCCUCCUUCAGCUCUCUAUCGCCCCUGUCCUUUUUGUCCUUCAGUCAUUCUUACAUCUUCCUUUUCCCUUUCCAAACCCUCUACCCUUUUCUUCUCCAAGCUUCUUUCUGCUCUUUUUUCAUUCCAAGAAUUUCUCACUUCUUUUUACUCCCUUUCUAAGAACAGUGAUGAAGAAGCAAAGACUUCAAGCCCACCUAAAACUGUUGGCACGGUUGCUCCUUUCACUAGCUCUUCACCCACAGCUACGCUGCACUGAGCAUUUGUGUUUUAAAAAAUAGAAAAGCUCCUGAUUUAGUGUUUUUAAUAAACAGUGAAAGGUGAAAGCAGUGUAGUCACAGGUGAAGCACGAUUGAGAGCCAGCUGUGUUGAUGCUAGCAGCCAUAUAAGCUUGUAAGGUAAAUGUCUGUGGCACGGUACAGGCAUAGCAAAUAACACCUGAGAAUUACAGCAAUUUUUUUGCGCUGCCAGUCACUGACAUAGAAAAUCCAUGUAGUAUAUAAUAAUUCAGAAAAGUUCUGUUCCUUAACCUGGUUACAUUGUUUUAUCAUCAAAUGCUAACAGCCUUGGAUUUCACAGGCUAUAAAUGAAAAAUAAAUCAGUCUAACUAUUCUGACCAGUUGGAAAAAUGCCAUUUUUAAUUACCAGGGAAAGACUUGUUCUUUGCAGGCAUUUCUUUAAACAUACAUGGACUGGAUCUUUAGCUGGCAGACAUCGGUGUAGCUUCACUGACUUUAAUGGCACUUAUGCCAGUUUACCACAGGUCUGUCUCAUUAUGACACUAAAAAAAUAAAAAAGAAGAAUGCAGCUGCUAGAAAGUACUGCAAGAAUGGCAAAUUCCACUACACUCUCUGGGUGAAACUCAGUCCUGCAAAGAGGGUCUAUAAAAGGGCCUUAUGGCACAAUUAAGGUUUUUGUUUGGACUAUGUGCCAGCCCAUCAGCACUACUGAUUUGCAUCCCAGAGUAGUACCAGUGAUUGAUGGGAAAAUCAGACGAAGAUGAUGCCAGUUAAUUAUGUUACCUUUCAGCAUACUGGGACCUGAUUUUGCUCUCAAGUCUGUCAGUGGCAAAACCUUCUGCUGGUUCCCAUGGGAGCAGGAUCAGGCUCUGAGAUGGUGAUAAAUGUUCAAACAUUCUGAACUGCAUUUUUAAUAACAAAAGCUAAUUAAUGUUAUUCCUGGCAAAUACUGUAGUCCUGCACAUACUUUGUUCUGAAGCUAAGUUCUUGCUCUCAAAGGCUGUUUCUUUGGUAUGAGAGGAGUAGUAGUUUUAAAAGGGUGACUCUUCUCAGUGUGGGGAGGGAGAGUUAAACAAAUAAAGCAUGAGGCACUGUAAUGAGCAGAGCCCAUUUGGAAGGAAAAGUAAAAUUCUGAGGAUCAUUCAUUUCUGAAUUAGUUCAUAUAUUGGUAACUAACUUUUUAUCAGUAUUCUUUAACAGCUGUCUUUCCAUUUAUGAAUAUACAUUCAAAAGAAAAAAAAUUUAAUGUACAGUGUAAAUCUUGACUUGAUUAUAUAGUCUAAGAACCAAAAAAAAUUACGAAAAAAUAAAAAUGUAAAGGAUUUUCUAUUAUAUUUUAGACAAACAUAUACUUUUAAAAUGUUUUAAAUACUGAAUCUAUAAUUUUUUUUAACCUCCGGUUGUAAUAGCUAAAUGGUUUUGCUUCAUCAUGGCUCCCAAAGGAACUUUUUCCAAAUUUGCAGUUGAGCAAAAUGUUCCAGUUGAGUAUCCACAAUGUAUAAACAAAAAGCAUUUCCCUGAAUUUCAUUAUUCACCAUGAAAAAUAAAAUGUCAUCGUAGGAUUAAUUUAAAAACUUUCCCUCUAUAUGGGUAGCACUUAAAUGCAUUUAAAAUAAAAAUCAAGGUUGUUGGUAAUAUUAGAUUACCCAGUUGUGCUACAGUGCACUAGAAUUAAGGUUUAGCUUCAUUUUUAUUCAGUCUCCUCAAUUAAAAUAUUUAGCUGUUAAACUGAAAGCCUCUACAUUAAAAGAAAAAAAGCAAAAAAAAAAAAAAAAUACAAAAACCUUGCCUAAGUUUUGUUAAAUUCAGCAACUUGACAGUUUGACUGAUGUGUAUUAUAUAUAGCUCAAUUAUUUCUUUUUUUAAUGCUAACUAGGCAAGCCAACCACACAUGUUGGCCUAAAUGUGUAAUUACAAUGAAAUGUCUCCUCUCUAUACUAUUGGCCUUUAGGUAUAAUCAUUGCUAGUGAUGUGGAAAUAAGUAAAGGAUGAAAAGCUAUUUGCUAUUGCUUCUUGUAACUCUGUCGCAGGUUCACAGGCCAAGACAACAUGCAGCAUAUUUAUAUUAGCUAUAUUGGUAAAAGGACCAACCAUAUCAGGCACCUUAUAUUAUUCAUCAGAUUCACUUCCACAUUAAAAUAUGCUUGUUUUCUGAAGGACUGGUCUUGCAGCCCUCACUUUAUGUUGCUAGUGCCUCCAUACCCCGGAGGCUGUCUGAGUAAGGGCUGCAGGAAAAGCCCCACCGUCUGUGCUGUUCGGUUACGGUUUCGGUGGAAGUGGUCUCCUUCUAAGCACAUCAUUCGAAAUGCACUUACCAUGCUCUUGCAUUCAAGGAGAAAUCCCGCUUUUUCAUCAGCUACUAGUGGAGACUGACACGCUUUUCUCCUGCCUUUGGAAUUCAGCCCAUUGCAACGCUUGCCGGUCUCUGUACCCAUCUCAUGGCUGGCGUGGACUACUUGGACAACUUCCCUCUUUCGCCUUCCCCAGGGUUAACAGGGCGGCGAGUCUCAGCGCACUUCUUAUUCAGAAGGAAGCCUCCAAAUGUUUAAGGUAUUUCUGUGGACAGCAUCUCUCGUUGUGCAACAUCGGAAGUACGUUGGAAAUCUCAGCCACAGACAAUUGCAAUACUUUUAUCGCAAAGAAACUAUGCUGUGAUUCAGUUCUUUCUUUCCCACCCCCCUUCCCCUGACUCAAUUUAUGCAAGCCAUAUUCCUAACACUGCCUGUGGGAGACAAGUAGUUUGUGUGCUAUCAUGGUGUGUUUUAUAAGGACGACGAUGGUGAUUUAUGGAGAAUUUCAUGCUGUUUUGAGUUAAUUCCUGCUACGAAACUAAAUGUUUGCUGCCCAUGUUCUGAAUAGUGGAAAGUCAAUGGUUCAGUGCCUCAGUACGUGUGGAUUCAGUGUGUUAACUGACUCUGUCCUGUUAACUAACAAGCCAGCCAUAACUGUUGUUAAAUGCCCAACUUUUGAGGAUUCAUAUUUUUUUAAGCAACAAUAUUUAGCAUUUAAAACUAGCCUUUUAGUUUAGGCAAAAUGUGCUUUUUAGCAGCUAAUACCUUUUUUAAAAAAAAGCAUAUAGAGUGAAUUUAUGAAAAUUCAUGAGGACCAAAGCAAUUUU